CAUUUUACUAAUCGUUUUAAAAAUAAAACUAAAAAUUUAAAAUUCAAUUGAUUUUAUUUGUGUGUUUUAAAUAUAACGAAAAAAAUUAAAACAUAUUAUUAUUAUUACAAAGUGAAGAAGAAGUUGAAGACAAAGACCACAAUACCGACAGAUAUAUUACGGCUAUCAUUACCGGACACACAACAGGACAACAAUGGCCGACAAGAUUGACAUGUCGUUGGACGACAUUAUCAAACGCGACCGAAUCGGUGGCGGAAAUCGACGCCGAGGUGCUGGCGGAGGAACAGGAGGUGGUCCGAGAGGUGGUCGAGGACGCGGUGGUGGUCGCGGUCGAGGCGCUGGCGGACGAUCUAAUAGUAGUAAUCUGAAUGGUAUACAACAAAAAUCGCGGCCACAGUUUCGCCGAUCAUUUGGCGGAAACAGUGGCGGUGGCGGUGGUGGCGGACGACAAGGAGUUAAGCGCCAAUCGGUCGGCGGCGGAGGAGGUGGCCAGUCGUGGUCGAUGCCGUUAUCGCCGCGAACGGCACGCCUGCACGUAUCCAAUCUGGCCUAUACGGUAACCGAUGACGACCUAUACGAACUGUUUGCCAGUUUUGGACCGCUCAAAAAGUGGACAGUUCAUUAUGACCAAUCUGGCCGAUCGCUGGGUACCGCCGAACUGUUGUUCGAACAGAAGUUCGACGCCGUACAGGCACUCGACCAGUAUAACGGAGUUCCACUCGACGGACGUCCUAUGAGAAUACGGGUUAUUGGCGCCAAACUUACCGACGAUGUAGUAACCACUCCGCGCAACAAUAACAAGAACAGCAGCGGUGGUGGUGGCGGUGGCGGCGGUUUUAAUAGAGGACGCGGAGGUCGUAGAGGUGGUCGUGGAGGAGGAGGAGGUGGUGGUGGCGCCGGCGGUCGGACCAAAAUAAUCGUAACGCAAGAAGAGUUGGACAAUGAUCUGGACUCGUGGCGAAUGGAAACCGAAUAAUAAUAAUAAUAUUAUUAUUAACUAUUACUAG